CACCGCGAACUCCAUCUCGCUGUACCUGGGUAUAGUAUAGGCCAGACUGACGAAGGAUUGACCUGGGCCGCCGGCGAUGAUCGCCGCCUGAGCUCCAGACUCGUGCAUCGCAUCCUCGACGACGAGACGCGUGAUCAGCCGGCUCUCGUCGUCGUCUUCGACCGAGUACGUCUUGGCAAAGUUGACGACGUAGUCCGCCGAGCCCCGUGAUUUCUCCGAGAGGCUCAGGAUUUCCUCGUCGCCCGGGAGACGGCGGCCAACGCCGAAUCCGGUUGAAGAGGCUCUUUGCAGCUGCAUCAGGGACAUGAGCAGUAGUACAACAGCCACGUGGCUCGACUGCAUCCUGCCGAAGAGAAAUCUUAUUCUUGUAUCGAAAGCGCUAAAAAACUGUACUAUUUUUUAUACUUAUCUCUUGUUCGUACCUUUAUGACCGUUGUUGUAAAAUUCAACUGCUAAAUUUAGAAUGACUGCUGACGAUGCUGUGCUUGAUCACUAUUGAACGGGUCGCACGGGCCUAUUGUUUGCUUCUGCCGUUCGUAACGAGUCCGGAUGACUCUGGUCUAUUACUAAAUUGAGCACUUUAAUUUGAUACACGCUCAUUGAAUGAUUCCCUCAUUACUGUAUAACGCUAUCCAUGCUUAUUUGAGCUCGUGUUGCGAGACUCGUUUAUUUUUCCGUUUGUGCUCUCGAUGUAAGGAAAUCUAGACGGUUUAUUUUCGAGGAAUCAUAUUGUUUACAUUUUUUGUCAGAAGAUUGCCUAUCCAUAUUCUGGAAUCUUCGGCUUCUUCGUACGUACGUGCGAUAAACACAUGGUUGGCUGUCAAGGUAUUCACGACGGACAAACAGUUCAAGGCUUUAUUACCAUCGCCUGCUACCGCAUUGCUACUCGACAGUUCAGCCCCGACCGCUUAUAUCCCACGCGCAAGAUAAAAGGUUAUCGAGAGUUCAUCCCUACUUCGCUUGCAGCUCGUGUAUCUUACUAGCGCUCUAGCAGUCAUUUCUGCACGGCAAAAGCAGUUCGCGGACAAACCGGCUGCAGCUACGACGAUACUCGGGAGCUUGAUUUCACACCUACACGAAAAUGAAGGAGAACAAGAGCGCGUCGUCUACGCGACGCGUGCUGCUCUGGGCAUUGUGCGCGGCUCACGUUUUCGUCGCGGAAUCCCGACUGCUACCUCGAAUCUCCAGCUUCGAUAAGCAGCUGAGCUUCAACGGGAGGCGCAUAAUUCUCAGCUCGGCGAAAAAUGCCAUCACCGACAACGAGAGCUUCCUCUACGCGACCUGCAGCUCUCAGGAGGAGACCUUCAAGGAUAAUCGUUGCAACGUCACUCUGGAAACGCCGGCCUUCGACGGUGGAGCUACUUACAGGGAUUUCUGCAUGUUGCAACUCGCGGUCACGAACCCGAACACCGAGUCCUUCACGGACUUGAGGCUUCAGCCCUUCGGUGACGACAGGGCUCUGCUGUCCUGGCUCGUCAAGGACCACGAUUGGAACUCCAAGUACGCCGUUGUCAGGAUCCUGCCCAUGUCCAGCUGCAAGUACGUCGACUUGGUGCUGCCGGCCGACAAGCUCCAAGCAGUGCUGCCCAACAACCAGAACGGCUUCGACGUGGUCGUCAGGAACAAGACCUUCUGCGGCUCGGAAAACUGCAGGCUCAGCUUCGACGCACAGGGCAAGAAGAUCGGCGGACCGACGCAGUUUCUGGCCAACGUCAAGUUCCACAAAGUGUCGAGCCUCGUGCCCGCGAGUCGUGGACCGAUCGGCAAGGGCCAGCCUCAGUUUUACGCUCUGGUUACGGUUCCGACCGAGCACCGGCUCAGCCUGCUGCAGGUCGGCCAGGACGGCAAGGGAAGCGAGCUCCUCACCGUCCCGGAUCACGUGAUCAUCAAGCUGUCCAACUCGCACGACUUGCUCAGCGCCUGCUGGGCCAGCGAGAGGACCAACGUCACCUGCAGGCAGUUCGACUCGAGGGCGAACAAGAAGCUCGGCGUGGUGCUCGAGUUCAUCGACGAACCGGGAUUCGCGCCCGUCAGGUGGGUCCAGCCUCAUAACUUUGGAGUCCUGGAGCCCGAACUGCUGCUCGUCACCGGGCAGAUGAGAAGAGAGGACGAUCGCAAGUUCACGAGCUUCAGCGUCAUCCGGAUCCACUCCGACGGCCAUCGCGACAGGCCUUUGGAGGUUGAGGGGCUCGAGUUCAAAUGCACAACCAUCAGGGAUCUACACGUCGACGUCAGCGAGAACGACCCGGAGGACGAGCUGUGCAUUCACUUCGCUUGCGAGAACACCGACUACGGAGAGCACGGCAGCAAGGACUCGCUCAAGUUUGGCAGCAGAUGCAUCCCCAGGAGACACGUGACCUUGGCGAAGCGUCAACCUUCGGUGGUCAACUAGAUUUUUUUUGAUGAUUCAAUCAAGUGUUUGCGAUUACUUGCAGUGAUUAUAUAUUACUGUGCAAAUAAACGUUUACGAUUUUAUACCAAAAA